CACACAUUGACAGCCCAUGUCAGAGAUCCCAUUUGGAUGGCACGGAGAGGCGAUCAAUAUCCACCGAGUGCAGUCCAGAAGUUUUGUGAAUUCGUCGCGUAAAUUCCCGUUUCCAGUCCGGUUCGUGCGUUAAUGUUUGCGUGUGACGUCGUUGGUCGCGUGCGGAAUUGACCGUCGAGUGCGAAAUCCUCCCCGCGGGAAGGUCGUCUUCCAUCCAGCAGCAGCAGCAGCAGGGGCUCUCACGGGUUUCACGGGUCAAUAUUUAUCGAUUGGUCGCAGCAGCAGCAGCAGUAGGCUAUGAAGGGGCCACCAGCCACCAGAAUCAUCAUCAUGUGAUAAAGAGAAGAUAUCGUGUGCGAGAAAGAGAUAGCGAGUGAGACGAUUCAUCAUCGCUGCCCAAAAGUGGGCCACCGGGCGCUACUGGUGCGGGAUCCCCUCAAAAUUUAUAAAUAUGCACUGCCCGCGGCUGCUUUGCUAGCUGAGCUGACCAACAGCAGGACCAGCGAACGGGAAGGCGCACGGAGUGCGAAGAAGGUGCAAUAUUUAUUAGAACCAACACACACACACACACACAUACGGCGCGAGAGAACGGGGGGAAGCGCAACAAACGCAGCAAUCGUAGGAACCAUUGACCAAAAACAUAAGUCAACAUUAUUACCUAAUCGCGGCACUGACACACGGCUGCGGGAAAGAGAGAGCGAGCGAGUGGAGAAGCUGCUGAGUGACCGGCACUCACACACUCACACUACCAGCGGCGCAAAGAACCGACCCCACUGACCCCCGGUCGUCACUAUAGCAACUCACAACUACACACACACACUCACUCUCACUCCCGAACGCCCACCACCCACACCCGCGCCCACCCCAUCGCGGGAGAGAGAACUGCUCUAGAACGGGACUCAUCUUCCCAUUCACACUCACACUCUCACAACACAAAUGCACGAGAGAGUGCGAGCGAGCGGCGGAUGAAUGACAACUGCGGCGACGGCGGUCAUCCAUCUUUGAUUCCGCGCAGGCCAGCGCCAGACCAGCCAGUGUCGUAGUAGGCCUCUUGACGGAGAGUUGCGAGACUGUGUUGUUGGUGGGGCCACCACAUCAGCACAGCACAGCACCAUCGCAGUAAGCCGAGAGAGCGAGCGAUUAGAAGCAGCAGCAGCAUAGAAGCAGUGUGUGAGAGGGAGUGAGAGAGAGGCAGGCCUGUCUGUCGGUCGAUCGCGGUUGGAGCGAGCGAGACGGGACAAGUUGUGGAAUAUGGCUGUGUUUUUAAUUAACAUAUGCAAGUUCAAUGGUUGUGGCAUAACAUUUCCCAGCUUGGGCGAUCUGAUCCAGCACAUCGAGGACACCCACAUUGACUACGACUCCCAGAUCAUCGGCCAGAAGGAAAAGUCCCAGUCGACAUGCCUUCCGCUGAGCUACGUGCUCCGGUUCAUCACGGACCCGUCCUCGCGGAAGGACACCAACGGCUCGUCUGGUGGACUGACCAGCACUGGUGUGUCCGUGUCACCAAGCGCCAACCUAACCUCCACUACGACCACCCCCAGCGGACUCAAGCUAACCCCGGUGGGUAGUUCCGUCGGUUCGGCAGCAGCGGCCGGCUCGGACUGUGGCGGUGGUGGUUACCAGAGCACACCUCCCGGCACGCCGGGCAGUACAACGUCGUCGUCGUUGCUGGGCAAUGGCGGCGGCGCCAACAAUGGCACGGAAGCGACUACGAGGUCGUCGGCGGCCGGAGCAACGGGCUGCUCGUCUGGGGGUUCGGGAGGGGGUAGCGGAGGAGGCGAUGGCAAACUCGGCACGACCGGAUCGGCUGGAACCGAUAUGAAGCGUAAGAUUGCCAUCAAGCACCACAGCUACAGCAUGUCCUCGUCGAACCGGAGUACGACGCCCACGGGUAGCGAAAUGGACGACGAUGACAUGAUGGUGUCCGAGUCGGAGGACAGCAACGACUCGUGGACGACGGAGGAGUUCAGCUCGGAGUUUAUCAUGCGGUACGGAAGCAGGCGGCACUCCUCCUCAUCCGGCGGAAAUGGACUAAACUCAUCGAAUGAGAAACCGUUUGCGUGUCCGGUGCCGGGCUGCAAGAAGCGCUACAAGAACGUCAACGGCAUCAAGUACCACUCGAAGAACGGCCACAAAAAGGACGGAAAUCGCGUCCGGAAGGGCUUCAAGUGCCACUGUGGCAAGAGUUACAAAACGUCGCAGAGGCUCAAGAACCACCAGCACAGUGCCCACCAGAAUCCGUCCGCGGACGGAGGUGGAGGAUCGUUGCAAUCGCCAUGCGCGAUCGUUUCGUCCAUCGUGGCGGCGACGGCGUCGUCGACGCUCGGUAUUCCCAGCAUUGUUACGGUAACCACGGCGGCUUCCGCCGGCAGCACCGCCGCCGCAUCUAGUCAAAUUGCAUCCACCUCCUCGAGUUUGUCCUCGUCGUCGUCCUCGUCUUCGUCGUCCUCUUCAUCAUCCUCUUCGUCCUCGUCGUCGUCGGCCAGUUCCCCAAACGGUAAGUACGACAACCUGGGCAUUCUGACGCCGGCCACGUCCCCAAAGCUGACGCUGGUGGGCACGGCCGCCGGAACCGCCGCCCAGGAGAACCUCAUCCCGCUGACGCCCAUCAGCCCGGCGUCAGCCAGUUCUGGCGGGGGAGGCGGAGGUGGCGGAACCACGACCGUGACGACGGCCACCCUGGUUGGCCAGCUGCACACCGAAGAGACGUAGCCGAUACUCAAGAACCUUUUGUUGCGAAAGUGUUGAGAGUGUUUCGUUUCGUUGUGGGAAAUUAGUGAAGAAUAAUACGCUUUUAUCUAUACCGAGACUCCGUGGUCACGUACAGAGAUAUGAUACUAAAACAAAACAUACACACAAACACACACACAGCUACUGAAAUAUUAAAUUACAGCAAAAAAAAAAUAGACCGACAGAGACAGAGUUUAGAGAGACGAUUAUCGAGCAUAACUUCAGGAAAUCAAACUUAGCAGUUCACAACACAUAAAAUAACACAAAAAUCUACAAGAUAUGUAAAGAUUAAUUGUUGGUAAUAUUAGAGCUUGGUCUCGGCACAGGUAAUAAUCCCAUUUUACUAGCGAUUCGUAGAUAUUUUAGGAUACAAAACACACACACACAAACAAACACACACACUAAUUUAUUGAAGCAAAUUCCGUACUUAAACAAUUAGAGCAGUUAGAGUUAGUCGAGUUCGAGCAGGUUCCCCCCGUUUCCGUUGUUGUUUGCCUCCCCCCACCCAUUCUAUUCUUCUAUUUAUCAAAUUGUCAUCAUUGUUCGAUCUGUUUGUGUUUAUAGGUUCUGUCUUUUCUAAAAAAAACCCAAUAUUUAUUUUCUUUUGAAAACUUGACCAAUAAAACAAAACUAAAAACUGACUAACUUCACGUCUGAAACCCCGGGUUGGAAGAAACUGGCCUGCAUGGAAACAUCCCAAACUGUUGUAAGAAGCAAUAUUUAGUUCGAAAAAAAAAUUCUUGCAGUUUGUAGGACCAA